AUGUGGAGUUUUCAUGCCCCGAGACAGCAAACUGUUGUGUGGAUUUGGCUUAUUUCAGUCCUGCGAGUGCGAGGUAUUUACACUACAGCAGGACAUGAAUUUUCCAGGCACGAUUAUGAUGACAUAGCGCUGGAGAUGGUAGUGCAAAUACAGGAAAUUUUUCCAAGAGAUUCCAGUCUAAAAGACAAAUUCAUAAAACAUUUUACAGGGCCGGUCACAUUUUCGUCAGAGUGUAGCAAGCACUUUCAUCGACUGUAUCACAACACAAGGGAUUGCUCAACACCAGCCUAUUAUAAAAGGUGUGCAAGGUUGCUAACAAGAUUAGCAAUGAGCCCUUUGUGUACACAGUCCUAG